AUAUGAAUACAAACACAACCAAUUUUCCAGAAUUUGGAAUAGGGGAAGUUUUACUUUUACCUCUCAAGUUCGUCCGUCCAAGGUUGAAGGUUCUGCAGGAUUAUAUCAGGAGAUCAUGAAAAAAAGUGUAAAAUCGGAUAGCUUCACUGUGUUAUUGUUGAUGGAGAAGUUCAAGAUUGAGUGCAUUUUGGUUGGAGUUCUCUUUAACGUGAUAGUAGGAUGCCAUGGAAGGUCUGACUCUUGUAUGAGACUUUACAAUGAAGGUGGCGCUCCAGCUGUUCUUCAAUCUCCAGAAUGUUCCUUUGAGUAUAUUCAUCCUAAGAACCCGAAUCAUACAACUAAAUGCCAGUUUGCUUCACUAAAAGGGCGAAGGAAGUACCAAGAGGAUCGUGUUUUCUGUGAUCUCGAUAUGCAGAUUGAUCUUCUUGGUAACUUAGGUCCAGAAAAUGUGAAGAUUGGUGUAGCGGCAGUGUUUGAUGGUCAUGGCGGAAAAGAAGCCAGUGAAUUAGCUGCUCAACUCCUUCCUUACUAUAUUCAACUUCACAUUAGUUUUUUAAGUCAGAAAGAAAUGGAGCUCUUUGAAGACGGGCACCAUAUGGCUUUCCCAUUGGAAACGGAGUUUAAAUCUUUGGAGACUCAUCUUAGAAGGCGUAUGAAUGAAUCAAAGACAAUGGAAGUUAUACAGGAAGCAGUUCUCCUGGCAGUUCACGACAUUGAUUUGACGUUUUCUGAAGUGGCCUUAAGAAAACAUCUGCUAUCAGGAACAACAGCGACCAUAGCUAUUUUCGUGGAUAAUGAACUGCUGGUUGCAAAUGUUGGUGAUUCAAAGGCAUUUUUAUGCUCAGAGAUGUUACAAACCUCUGUAGAUACAAACAGCAAAAGUACCUCCAUGACCAGUCUACAGGUCCUAGAACUAACAGAAGAUCAUCAUCCUGAUAGAGAUGACGAAAAUGCCCGUAUUACAGCUGCUGGAGGGUUUGUUUCUCUAUUGGGAGUGCCUAGAGUCAAUGGUAUCCUUGCUGUAUCACGAUCCAUUGGUGAUGUGUACUUAAAAAGGUAUGGGGUGAUAGCAGAACCAGAGGUUAAAUGGCACCAUUUGGAUGCAAGUGAAGUCUUUCUGGUGGUUGCAUCUGAUGGCAUCUUCGAGGGAUUGAACACACAAGAGGUUUGCAGACUCUUGCACGAAGCAUACUCUCAGGAUGAAAACCAAAAUUAUUCGAGAUCAUUUAAUUGUCCAUUCUCAUCAUGGGCUGAAUGCAUUGUGAAUAAAGCAUAUGAGAAAGGCAGCACAGAUAACUUGUCUGUUGUUGUAAUUCCCUUGAGAAAUAAUGUGAUUACUUGAAAUUAACUGAGAAAUUUAUUCUACCGAGGUCAGUUUAAGAAAUCAUACUGUAAUACUGGGAUUACUGGCUUGUUCAGUACUUCAGUAUCUUAGCCAUUUUUUAAAAAAAAAUAGUGACCAAUUACUAUAGAUUCUAAUCUUCAGGAUUUAUUAUUGUGCAUUCUGUCUAGUCUAUAAUCCAGAUACAGAAAACUGGAGACCCGAGUAGAGCACAUUUUUGGCAAUUGAGUAGACAGAUCAGAAACAAGUAGUUUCGAAACACCUUUAUUCUAUUUAUAUGUUCAUCACUUGGUUUUUGGUUUA